GCUCAACUAGGUAUGUAACAUUAGCCGGGCCGCUACUUUAGCUUGUAACGAAAAAGAUCUACAUCCACUCAGACCGCACACGGAGUGAUGCUCCUACGCGUAAGCAGUUUUGUUGCUUAGAUCACUAACAAUGAAUAAGCGAUUGCGAUCUUGCGUUGUCUUUUUCUUUGUUCGUCGCACGCGGCCUGUCCGACUCCUCACGUUGUGGGAAAUAGAUCGAAAAGCGAUCCAAUAGGAACCGUAGUUCUGAGCUCUUGCACGAGUUCUAGAUACCGCGUUACUUUUUUUUAUAGUAACGCAUGAGCGGUCUCAGUCUGAACAACUUUGGUGGCUUCUCUUUUCGCAUCUUCUCUACGUGCUAACGGUUACAUUUCGCCACGAAAAAAAAGUGCAGUCACAGCUUAUUUAUUACCCAAUUCGAAACAAGUACCACAACCACACGCUUUGUCUGCUAGUACCAAUCCUCUUUGAUGGUUUGUAACGACAAGAUGUGAUCGAUGGCUACAUCAAUUUGAAUUUUAUUUUCGCGAUUUCGGUCUGUUGAACUGUAGACUGUACGUUUUCGUGUAUUUCAUCUCACUGAGACUACCCACUACCACCGACCCCGCAAACAAACCACGAUGCCGGCCUCCACAGCAGCGUCUUCUCAAAGCGUCGCGCCCCGCACGACAGGGGAGGAUGCUGAUGACUCGCGUGAAGCCAAGAAAAAAACCUUCUCGGAUCUUCUGCUGAAAAGCGGAAAUACAACCUUCGAACUGUGGCUUUCGUCACUCGAGGCCGUGGAAGAAAAUACCAGAGCGACGCGUUAUCAACAGCUAGUCGUGGGGGCUAUGGUACGUAGUGGAAGAUCAAAUGGGGCUUAGCGACGUUUGCAUGACUUUCAGCUUUAUUUUUGAGUUUGACCCGCACGUAGAGCUGGUGUUACACAAUUAUGCUGCGGGACCAAUAAAGUUAAGUUUGAGUUUGUUUCCCAAUUCCUAUUCUACUGUUUUUCGGUUCAGGUGAAUUCCUGGCAAUUUGGUUGCCUCCACGCGAACCGGAGAAAAGUGGAAGAGGGAGGUGAGAAAGCUGUUGUGGUUAUUCUGUCGCGCGAUGCCCGCCUCCCCCUCGAUGUCGUUCACAAGAUCCGUUUUCUUAUUGGCGAGGUGGAAAAACAUGAUUUUUGCCGCAUCACUCCGAUGGCCGAUCUACAACAGAUGUCCAACAUCCAGCGGGGCCGAGACCUGAAGGCCGCGGCGGACUACUUUGUCGACCUGGCCCGCAAGGCGGCGGAAAGCGGCGGCAGCAUGAUUUCGAUUACCGAGGCGCAGCUGCAGGCGAUGCCGAAAAUGUCGGACGGAGCCACUAUUCACUUUGGGAACGUGUGCGCUAUUCUGAAGGAAAAAGGCUACGAUUUCAUGGACGCCGAGGGGACGUGGUUCGGCAUCGGUGACAUUUUUGACCACGGGGAAUUUCCGGCGCGUGGACCGGUCGUGAUGCAAUUUCACGGGAUGAACGCCAGCGAUUUUGACCCCCUGUUCUCGUGCCAAUUGGCGCGGGACUUUGAAAGAGGCCAAGGACUGUACAGAUCGCCCACGACAUCUCUGGACAGCGCGAAUUCAUCAUCUUUAUCCGUAAGUAUGCCAAGGACAGCUGGUGCUGGAACGCCUCUCGUUGAAAUCAAUCGCGUGGCACGAACCGCUCUUGGUCUAGGCCCCGCUCCUGCUCCGACACCACGACCCCAAAACCGGUUCCUCGCUGCCUUUGAGGAAUCUCUGCGGAGAACCCAGGCCGAGAUGCUGAAAUACAUCACGGACCUGGCUUUCUUAGCCUUUUCCAACGCCGAACCGCGGUUCGUCCUGACCGAAGAGAUUUAUAAUGCUCCGCCGGCUCGGCAUUUGCCGAGUGGCGCACCCUAUCCCAUGUUCCGGCAUCACGUCGAGCAGAUGCACCCGGAUAUCCCUUGUAGAAACGUCCCCACCCCAUAGGUGUGAUGCAAUUGUGCAUGCCAAAAAAGUUUCUCAUGCGUGGCCGUAUGAGAAGCAUUUUCUGUUCGUGUUUUGGAAUUUGUGAUGCUAAAAUCGGCAUGCUAUGCUAGAUCUGUGAUGCUUCUGAACUAGCUAAACAGGAUUACACUACGAGGACAAACUUGUCAUGCGAAGCAACCAAAGUUGGCUGAUUUGUCUAGCAGAUUCCCCAUCUUGACUCUGAUAUGGGGGCGCUUUUACUCAGGAUACCGGAUCGAUCUGGCGCCGCCUACGAAGAGUUUGGGCUGUUUCCGCACUUAGCCAAGGUGCCUGGCUUGAACGUCAGGUCAGAGGAAAUCAACGGCGCGCGCGCCUGGCCCGUCACGAUCGGACUCAGCUUGGGGACUCAACAGCAGGGCGGAGUGUAAAGAAAAGUUGUAUAAAGGGAUACUACGUACAGGUGAGCGCCGUUGUGCCCCCCACUGAAAAUUGAAGAUGAUUUGUUUCGCUUCCGGAGAUUCUGGAACUCUUUGAAAAUUGAACUAACCGCUACUGAGGCUGACGAGCAUGAAACUGAAAAGGAAGAUACAAAGGUAUUGAAGAAUGAAACUGAAAGAGAUGAAAAUAGUAAAAGGAAUGUCGCUACUUUAUGUUAAGUAGCUGGUUGAUUGAUUCCGUGGGCUCACGAAGUGUGUCAU